CUCUCUUUCAGCUCUGUUCGUUUCGGAGGCGCAGUGACGGACAUCCCGGAAUCGAGCGCACUGGACUCAUAAACAUAAUGUAGUCAGUCUCGAACAAGUAGAUUUCAAGUCUGAAAACCUUUUCAUUCCAUCCACUCAACGUGAAAUGGGUAUUGCAUAGUUGUUGGUUUGACUCUGUAAGCACUUAUGCAUUGAAGAAUGAGAGUCUUAGGAAGUAGGACCGUUGAAACGAUGCUAUGCGGAGAUAGAGAAUGGAGGACCCGCAAGAGUGCAUGACAAGCGGGUCGGUGCCGGUUUGAAGAAAUCAUAAAAAGAGGAGAAACACACAUCACCACCUGAAGCUAUGGGGAUACGACAUCUCCUACUUCUGUUGGUCUAUCUAGACCCGCUGUGCGUCCUGAGCGCAUCCACAGCCAAGCGGAGCAAACCCCCUCCAAAGAGACCCCCGAAAGUGAAGGAGGUCAACAGCACCGUUGCUCCGACAGUGGCACCCCGACGGAUCACACAAGUCCAGGCGCCCAUCGUCGGUGAUCAUGACACCUGUCUCGGCUACUACGAUGUGAGCGGCCAGUUCGACAAAGAGUUCGCCUGCAACAACACAGACCACCGGUACUGCUGUGGGAGCUGCUUCCUGCGCUUCUGCUGUCCCGUGAAAGCCAAACGACUGGAUCAGAGAGUCUGUACCAACUACAACACACCCGACUGGAUCAAAACCCAACCGCCCUCACCGGCACCAACAGGGGACACGUACGACCCAGCGCUGGACCAGACCAACACCACCGUCUACAUCACCUGCGGGGUCAUCGCCCUCAUUAUCAUUCUGGGGAUUUCUGCCAAAGUGGCCUAUGAUAAAGCCACCAGACCACCUCAAGAAAUGAAUGUCCACAGAGCACUGGCGGACAUUUUGAGACAGCAGGGGCCCAUUCCCAUAUCACAGUACGAGCAUGAAAAUAUUGCGGCUAUAGACACUUCGCCUAAAGAGAACACGCCUGUGCGGACAUCCAAGAACCACUACACACCAGUUCACAACAAAAACAACCACGGGCAUUAUGGGAAAGAAAACUUCCGGAGCGGUCAAGACAUGCACAACUUCAUUUCCUCCGGAUUUGUGACGAUCGGCAGAGGCCAUCUGAAAGCGCAGCACUCUGUAGAUGAUCUCGGGCAGAUGUCAUGGCAGGGCGACCUGGACGUUCCUCUGUCCUACAAUAACCAUCCACACGACUACACCAGCCAUCUGGAUCUCACUGGGUCGCACACACCCAAAAUCGGACACAGAAUAGAGCACUACGAAAAGCCGAGAAUGAACAACAUCCUGACAUCGCAGACAGAGCCGUACGAUCUGUCGUUCUCCCGGUCCUUCCAGAACCUCACGCACCUCCCACCGUCCUACGAGAUGGCCAUGAAAGCAGACUUAAGCGACAAGGAUGACGAGUACUACAUCCGCAAGCACCAUUUACCCGAUCCGACGCCUCGCAGCGGCAACCUGCAGACGCACAUGAUCAAGCUGAACGUGGAUCCACCCGCGCAGCGCCAAAAGCCCAAACGUGUCCAGCGCGCCAUGUCCCAGGACCACGUGCUCUCGCCCGCCCGCUCCAAACCCCACCGGGACUACGGCCUGUCAUCCUACAGCGGCGGCGCCGGCGGUCUGUCCCCGUACCACGGACGCAUCCUCUCCGAAGAGCAGCUGCUGUCGGCCGACCGACUGCACUCCCAGGACCCGCUGCUCUCGCCGGAUAAAAUGCUCUCCCUGCGGCGCUCCAAUUUCCGCGAGAAGGCCAUGUCGCGGGCGCUGUCGCACACGGACAUGUUCGUGCCGACCACGCCGGUCAUGGACCGGCACUACAAAAUGAUGAAGAUGCAUUCGCACCCCAGCAGCAGCAACAACAACAACGAGUCCUACAACACACUGACUGUUAACAGUGCGCAGGUGGGCAACAAAAGGCAGGCGUUCGCCAACCGCCGCAUGCAUACGGUGGACCACCUGCAGUAUAUACCGGGACAUCACCACCAUCAGUACAGAACCGCCAGUAAGACUGAAGUAACUGUCUGAGGGGGCGAGGCGGGAGAGCGAAUGAUGUCAACAAACAAUCCAGCGAGAGGAAUUUGCGGCGGCGGCGGCCCACUUCGACAGGUUUCUUUUAAGCGUCCCACCUUGACCCGUUCCCGCUUCCAGCGCAGGCUUUCCACUCCAUCGGUUCCGGGUCGGCUUGGGAAGGAUCCAGACUUUUCUUCUCGCACGUAGAGCAAAUGCAAGGGCUUCGCGCUCGGACGCCGGACUAGAAACCUGACACUAUUUUUGCAGAACUGCUGCGAAACCUGCACUGACUUUAUACGUACAGUAAAACAGAACCUAUAUAGAUUUAUGAUUUCUAACUCGAGUCCUAAACAAUAGCGAUAGCGGUUGAAUAUAAACUGGCGUAAGCACUUUAGCGAGUGCCUCUUCUCAAAACACGUCCCGUUUCUAUAAUGAAGUGGGGAAAGGGUUUAAAAGCACAAUAAAUGACUGACGUUGUUUUUUCUUUCCUUUGUCGCAUUCCCAGCUAACACCGAUCAUUUUUUGGAACUUUAGCUAAUGUUUUGAAAAACUUAUGAACAAGUGCUCUACCAGUAACGUUAAUAGAACAUUCACUCAAAGUGAUCUGGUUUAAUGUUCUCAAAACAUUGUUUAUGGAACGUUUGUCCCUGAAAUAUUUUGGCUGGAAUGUUACUUUUGAACAUUCCAAAAACAUUCCCAUAACGUUUAACGCCAAAUGAUCAAAUGAAAUGUUCCCUUAACGUUUACAAAGUUAAGCCCUAUCUUCCAGUAACGUUAACAGAAUGUUCAUUCAAAGUUGUCUGUUCUUUAAUAAUGUUCACAAAACAUUACUUAUACGUCAUUCAUGAAGUAUUUUGUUCUUUGAACAAUUUAUUCAAUGGUCGUCUAACAUUUUUUAAUUAUUACUACUUGUGUUAGGAUGUUCAGAUAACAUUUAACAGUAACAUUCUCGUAACGUUUAUAAAUUAUAAAAUGGAAUGUUCCUUAAACGUUUUUUUAUUAUUAUUAUUGUUAUUAUUAUUUAAUUAAUUUAUUCAUUUAUUCUUGUUUGUACAUUUUUCUUAAACUUUUUAGUUGGACGUUCAUCUAACAUUUUUUAAAAAGUAACAUUCCCAUAAUUUUUGAUAAAAUGGAACAAUUUAGUUUUUUAAAUGUUACUUUUGAAUUUUGAAUUUUACUUUUGAAUUUCAGAGAACAUUUUAAACAUAGGCAUAAUUUAUGGGUGGGAUGGGUGAAACGUGUGGGACAUGUCCCCACCAUUUUUUGCCAGGCUCGAUAUUGUCCCCACCGCUUUUUUGAACAUCUCGCGGCACGGACGUACUUAAUGCUGAUGAAAUAUUCCUUGCUGUUAAAGAAGAUGCAUAAGAUACUGGCGGCUGGCGCUGGAAUAUGUUGUUUCUGAAAUCAUGCUUAAUGUUCGUUGCGAUGUUAAUUAAUGACGGAACUUUCUUAAUGCGGCUCAUGCUCAGUGUUCACACGCGAGCACUUCAGUCUAUCGCUUAUGACUGUAUGUUGUGGAGAAUAUUCAUUCUGGUUAAAAAAUACAAAAAAAUACACAAAAAUACACAAUUAAAAAAUUGUAAAAAUUAAAAAUACACAAACUUGUCCCCCCUCUUGAUAUAUGAUCACUGAUGAACAUAUUUUAUUUCAAUAAAUAUGUUUUAUUUGUUUUACUUUAACUCGCCUGAUGAAAAUCUACCACUAGACUAUUUGGGACAACAAAUGAUUGAUUCUUAACCAUGUAUUUAUUCACUGACAUCUCGGGGAAUUAUCUCGGGGCUAAAAAUACAUAUUAUUAUAGUACAUGUAUGAAUAAAGCUAUCACGUUACAAAUGAGUUUAAUGUCAAUACAUUAACCCCACAACACACACUCCUGUCCCAGCCAAAACAAAGUUAAGCCACUGAUUUUAAAGUAACAUUCCUAUAACGUGGAAAAUUGGAAUGUUUCCUUAAUGUUUUUCAAGUUAAGCUCUACUGUCAGCAUUUUGUAGUUGUUCUUCCAGUAUCAUCAAUAGAACAUUUGCUCAAAGUUAUCUGGACUUUAAUAAAUAAAUUAAAAAAAAAUUAUUUAUACAUCGUUCAUGAAACAUUGUGUUCCGGGAAUGAUUAUUGGACGUCUAACAUUUUUUAAAGUUACUACCUGUUUUAGGAUAUUCAGAUAGCAUUCAUCAGUGAUGUUCCCAUAAUGUUUGUAAAUGAUAUAAUGGAAUGUUCCUGUAACAUUUUUCUUUUUCUUUCUUUUUUUUUAUUAUUAAUUAAUUCAAAUAUUUGUUUGUUUGUUGUUUGUUUUAAAAUGUUCUUUUAGUUAUGUUUUGAGUUUGAAUGUUGUUCUGAAAAGUUUUAUUUGGACAUUCAUCAAUUUUUUUUUUUCUUUUUUUUUUUUUUUUUUUUUAAUACUACUUUUGAAUCUCACAGGACAUUUAAAAGUAACGUUCCUAUAAUUUUUUAUGAAAUGGAAUGUUUAAGUUGGAUGUUCAUAUAACAUUUUUUAUAUGUUACUUUUGAAUGUCAAAGAACAUUCAAAAGUAACAUUCCCAUAAUCUUUACAAAAUGAUAAAAUGGAAUGUUCCCUUAAUGUUUUUCAAAUUAAGCUCUAUCAACAGCAUUUUGUACUUGUUCUUUCAGUAACAUUAAUAGAAUGUUCAUUCAAAGUUUUAUGGACUUUAAAGCCUCGUUCAGACUGUCAGCCCAAAUCCGAUUUUUGUGCAAAUCCAAUUGAAGUCCAAUCAUAUUUAAUUAGUCUGAACGGCAACAAAUUACAUGGAAUCCGAUUUUUGCAAAUCCGUUUCGAGCUACAUUCAUAUGUGUUUUGGAAUCCUAAUCAAAUCACAUGUGAAUGGGAUCAGAUUUAGCAUAGCUUUUUUUUUUACGUUGCCAGGGGAUGUAAAACAUUUUUUAUAGAAAACAUGAUGGAUAUCUUUGCAGAAACAAGCUUGUGUUGUUGCAAAGUGCAAGUCAAGUGGAAAUAUAUUGCUAGUAUACGCACCUCUUUGAGUUUUGAAACCAGUGGAGACAACACAACGGAAUAAAGUUGCAUAUUCCAGCUUCCGGCGUUUUUGUGCCACCACCUCAUAAAAUGAAAUAUAAAACAGUGAGACGGCAACAUGUCAUAAGACAACUUAUGUAUUGCAAACUGUAUAGCUAUUAUUGUUGUUGUCAGUGUAGGCAUAACAACGCAACGCCAUUGCCAUAGAAAUAAAAAUAGACGUUCCAUAAAACGAAAGAGCGCUUGUGGACACAAAUCGGAUAUGAACUGUUGCGACACACUGUGUAGACAGUCAGUUAUUCAAAUCAGAUUCCAUCCAGAUAUGUACAAAUUCGGAUUUGGGCUGUCAGUCUGAACGAAGCUUAAUAAUGUUCUCAGAACGUUCUCACAAAAACAUUAUUUAUAUAGUGUUUAAUAAACAUUUUUUUUCUGAAGCUUUUUAGUUGGAUGCCUGUUUAACAAUUUUAAAAUGUUACUUUUUAAUGUCAAAGAGCGUUCAAAAGUAACAUUCCCAUAAAAUUUGCAAAAUUGGAAUGUUUCCCUAAUGUUUUUCAAGUUAAGCUCUACUGACAGCAUUUUGUAGCUGUUCUUCUAGUAUCAUCAGUAGACCAUUUGCCCAAAGUCUGGACUUUAAUAAUUUUCAACAGCAUUUUGUAGCUGUUUUCCAGUAACGUUAAUAGAAUGUUCAUUCAAAGUUGUCUGGUCUUCAAUAAUGUUCUCAAAACAUUAUUUAUAUGUAGUUCAUGAAACGUUUUAUUCAACGAUCAUCCAGCAUUUUUUAAAUGUUACUUUUGAAUCUCAGAGAACAUUCAAAGUAACAUUCCCAUCAUUUUUGAUAAAAUGGGACAUUUUAGUUGGAUGUUAUAACAUUUUUAUGUUACUUGAAUGUCAGAGAACAUUCAAAAGUAACAUUCCCAUAAUGUUUGCAAAAUGAUAAAUGAAGUGUUCCCUUAACGUUUUUCAAAUUAAGCUCUGUCAACGGGAUUUUGUACUUGUUCUUCCGGUAAUAUUAAUAGAACGUUCGGUCAGAGUUACCUGGUCUUUAACAAUGUUCUCCAAACAUUAGCAAAAAAAUAUUAUUUAUACAUCAUGUAUAGAACAUUUGGAGCCUUUUGGAAUGUUUUUCUGAAACAUUUUAGCUCGAUGUCCAACCAGAGUUUUAUAAAUGUUACUUUCGAAUGUCAGAGAACAUUCAGGCAUAACGUUCCUAUAAUGUUUGCAAAAUGAUAAAAUGGAACGUUUUAGUUGACUGUUCAUCUAACGUUUUUUAAAUGUUACUACUUGUUUCAGAAUGUUCAGAGAACAUUCAAAAGUAACAUUCAGAAUGAUGAAAUGGAAUGUUCAUAUAACCAAGACAUUUAGAGAACAUUCAGAAAUGACGUUUUUAUAACCUAAUAUAAAACGUUAGCAAAACGUUCUUAGAACGUAUCGUUGUUAGCUGGGUUAUCUCUGUUUGGUUUCUGGGUUUCUUCUACGAUACGCCGGUCAUUGAGUUUUUAGUGCACCUGUGACAGUGUUUCAUUCUGCGUAGGUGAUUUGUAAAUACGCUCGGUUAGCUGCAGUUAAACAGUGAGUUGGCUUUGUGGGUUAUGGGUUGCUUUUUGCAUUUUCAUUGGUUCCGUUCGGACAUUUUCUAGCAUAAUCAACCCACCCGAAGUAUAUUUGACGACACAAAUGUGUACAGUAACGUGUGUGUGUGUGUUUUUUAAUCUGUACUUGUAGACUAAUGGUGAAUAAAUUUGGUUGAUUCA